UGACUCCGGGGAUGUUAUCCCGGACACAUACACUAGUUGGACAUUUACCAUUCUUAAAUAAGUAUCAUAAGUUAGUCGUAAGUUUAAAAAACAGUGAUCAAGUGUUGGUUUUCUAAUUUGUGAAAAAAAAACAAAACUAAAGAUGGGUCUGCCGGUGCUGGAGACGUGCUGCUUCGUGUUCGACCUCAAGACCGGCAACAUCAUCAUGGGCGGCCUCAACGCCGCGCUGUCGUUCACGCUGGUGGUGUCGCUGAUCGUGGAGGCGGCGUCGGUGGGCGCGGCGGCGGACGCGGUGCUGGGCCCGGAGGAGGCGGCGGCGCUGGCCGGGCUGUACGCCAUGAGCGUCAUCCUCGUCUUCAUGUUCCUCGCCAAGCUGUGUGCGGACGUCAUCUUCAUCUAUGGAGUUGUUGCGGAGCGCGCGGGCAUCAUCAAGGCGUACUGCAUCAUGUGGAUCGUGUUCUUCCUGCUGGCCAUGUUCACCUUCUUCAUCAACAUCACCAGCUACACCGCCUGGACCAUCACCGUCGCGCUCUUCAACAUACUGUUCAACGUGUACGCCAUCCUGCUGAGCCGCAGCUACUACAAGCAGCUCAACAUGCGCGAGGAGGUGUAGAGACUAGGCCCCGACUCACCGCCCCGACUGCCAUCAGUAGAGGCUCCCGUCCGACCCACUACGAUCAUGCUUCAGCCUGUCUGGGGAAAGGAAAUCUGACCCCUCUUAAGUAGCAUUGCUGCUAAAAGAGAGGUCAAGAUUUUUUACCCCAGAGUGUACUAUCGGGGAACAGUCCGGACUACCUUAAAGUUUAGUUUAAAACCGCUCGCAGCCUGCCCGCGUGUUCUCUACAAAGCGCUCGUCCGAUUAG